AAGCAGAGGACAAAGAAGUAAGAGACGGGGUAAAACCCACCCCGAUGUUCCGAAGGUAGGUAGGUAGGUAUUUUGCUGUUGAAAAUCCUCCAUACAGCGAGGUAGGUACAUAUACUACGUGAAUUCCGAGAACCUAGGUCUUGUUUUUUUAGGUUGUUUCGCCUGAUUGCAAUUUUAUUUGACUCGGGUGUUGAUGAAGACCGAACCCUUUUUUUUCUUUUAUCUUUCGUCCGAACCUAGCUUGCAGUUUUGUCCCCACCUCGUGCUCGAGCUGUCACCUCGUUCGCGUCCCGAGUUCACAUUGCUUUAGCUGAAUCCAGGGUCAGGGCUCACCCUUCCACCAUCUAAUCUUCUUUGUUGGAUUUGAGGAACUGGGCCUGACUUUGGCUGCGAUUCCCCUGUCACCCACUGUCAAACUAUCAUCAAUCAACAAACAGAUCGCAGUAUCGUGGGCCACCCCUUUAGCCCACGUGGGAUUUGCUCAGAUUUCGGAAUCCAUACGGGCGUCAUUUUGAAAUCAUUUCCUUGCAGAUACCGCCAGCCGAUGUUGCGGUAAAAAUUCAUUCUUGACAGCAAAUACCGACCCUCUUUGCAGGGCUUUUUUUCGGGGUUAUCGGGUAUUAUUGUCUCGAAUGACGACAGAGACAAAUCGACUCGUCACUGAUGCCAACCGCAUACAUUUUAUUUGCUUUGUUUGUUUGAAUCGCAACGCCUAUCUGCGAUCCCUUUUUUUAUUUUUAUUUUUAUUUUCUUGUCCGUGAUUUUCAUGACCAACUUGAAUCGGCAAGGCACAUAACAUCAACCAUUUGCCACUUGGCAGUGCACCCAGCCUGCAUAUUCAACGGACGAGAUGUCGUCCAACAAUUACGGCGCUGCGGGGAUAAGCGCCCAAGGGAGCUUGACCGAAUCGACGUCGCUACUAGGUUCCGGCACCGGUACCCGUGAUGACUUUCCGUCCCAAGAUCGGUCUGAAAUAGCCGCGACCGGAGACGGAGCCGAUUGGCUUGGCGACGACGAGUUUAAUCAGGUUCCCCGAUGGAGGAGACCUUCGGUUUACUGGCUGAUAGGGCCAUAUUUGCUAUUUACCCUCGCCUUUGGUGGUUCUAUAGUCCCAAAGCUUAACAUGAUCUUGGAUCUUGUCUGUAAUCGCUACUUGUCGGAACGUGCGCAAUCAGAUCCCGGCUUCGUCUUCAUUCCAGUAGUCCCUGGCCUUGAUGACGCGCAGUGCAGCUCUGGACCGACUCAAGCCCGUGUACAAAGAGAGGCUGCCACAUUCAUGAUGGCGAUGAAUCUCAUCACCGGUCUGCUGAGCGCCUUUACCGUUCCCAGGAUCGGCUCCCUGUCUGACCGCUACGGUCGAAGGCGUCUGUUGGUGGUCGCUUCAGCCGGAGGCAUCAUUGGAGAGAUUGUUGUGAUCCUUGCCGUCAAGUUUCCUGAGGUAGUCCACCUCAACUGGCUACUGGUUGCCGCCGCGUUUGACGGACUCGGCGGGUCCUUUACUGCGGCAUCGGUGGUCGGUCACUCGUACGUGUCCGACUGUACACCUCCUCGGAAGCGCGGCGUUGCUAUCGGGUACCUACACUCGGCCUUGUACAUCGGCUUGGCAUUUGGCCCCGUGCUUGCCGGCUACAUGGUUGAAAAGUUGACGCACGAGCUGGUCUCGGUGUUUUACGUGACCGUUGGCUGCCACGUUUGCUUUGUCACCCUGAUGCUCACCAUAGUUCCUGAGUCGGUCUCCCAGAAGAGGCAGUUGAUAGCUCGCGAGAGGCACACCGAGGAUGGCGACCGACGGGCCAAGCGGGUGGCUGUUUGGACUGGCAACUCUGCGCCUUGGUACAGGAGGGCUGCAGCAUCGAUCAGAGGUGCACCGAACCCCCUGAGGCCUCUCAAGGUGCUAUACCCCAAAGGCGCCACAAAUGCUUCCGUUCGACGCAACCUACUUCUUCUGGCAACCAUCGACACCAUGUUCCUCGGCGCCUCCAUGGGUUCCGGCCAGGUGACGAUCUUGUACAGUGAAUUGAUGUUUGGCUGGCGCAACCUUGAGACGUCCAACUUUGUGUCGCUGGUGUCACUUGUGCGUGUGUGUGCCCUCCUGGGGAUCUUGCCGGCGUUGAACUACUUGUUCCGCAUCCGACCGGCCGCACGCCUGAGAAGCCUGGGCCAUGGCGUCGCUAUCGAGAAGAACAAUGCGGGCUCCGACGGGCUGGAAAUGUGGUUGCUGCGGGGCGCCAUCUUCUCAGACAUCUUGGGUGUCGGCGGUUAUAUCUUGGUGAGGACGCCGGCCUUGUUUCUGGUGAGCGCCGUCGUGGCCUCCAUGGGUGGGCUGGUGGCUCCGACCACCCAGUCGGCAUUGACCAAGCAUGUACCACCUGACCAAGUUGGGUCUCUUCUCGGUGCCAUCGGUCUGUUGCAUGCCCUUUCCCGUGUGAUAUUCCCGUUGGUCAUCAGCGGGCUGUAUGCCGCGACCGUCGAGUCAUUCCCACAGGCGGUCUUCGUGCUGUUGGUGGUGUUCUUUGGCCUCGCGCUGUGGCUAGCCUUCCUUUUGAGGCCCCAUGUUUACAUGAAGGAGGUGACCGAUGAAGACGUCAUGCCAACUCCAGCUAGGACCUGGGAUUACGAAGAUGGCGUUUCCGACGAGGAGGUUAUCCCUGUAAGAUUAGGACGUGGCUAGUAUUUACUCUCUUUAUUUAGGCUUAAACCUUUCUUUUGUAGUUUGUGUUGUUUUCCCGCGGAGUAUACAAAACUGAUGAGUCGUUGUUUGGCAUAUGACUCCAUCUAGAGUGGGUUGGGACGCAAGUGAUACACACAUGACAUGGACAUCGCGGAGUUCGGGUUGUUUGUGUUAGAAUCAGUCCGAUAAUAGAGAAGGAGGUUCACAAAGGUGAUGGGACUGACUUGCCAGCCACAACGUGGCAAGGUGGACAGUGCUGUCAGCGCGGAACUAUUUAAAUGUUGC